CUCCGGCGGCGCCCUGGGAGCUCGCUGUCCCGCGCAGCCUCUUUUGGCACCGAGGCCUCCAGGUGCCCCGCACGAAGGCGGAGCCGGAUUACAGCCGCCUCCCCGGCGUCACCGACCAGACCCCCGGGAGCUCGGUACCCCAGCGCUGCGGCGACGGCGUCCCCAGCCUCCGGGGUUGUCCGCGCUCCUCCCUCUCGGCGUGCCGGGCGCGAAGCCUGCGACGCGCGAGCAGAGCGCAGCGCGCAAAGCCGAGUGGCGCACGCUGGGCAGUGGCCCAAGCAGCCCGGAUUGCAGCCAGUGCCCUCACUCGAGCUCGCCAGCCCGUGGACGCCCGGACCAUGGCUGCCCAGGGACCCAGACCCCGCGCCCGGCUCUGGGCGGCGGCGCUGCUCCUACUCGGUCUGCCGCGCCUCUUGGUGCGGGCGGAUGGGAAGCUCUUUGUGCUGGAGUCUCAAAAUGGCUCUCAAGGCCUUGAACUGGAGGCUGCUCGGCUCUCCUGCAAGAGCAGAGGUGCUCACCUGGUGUCGACAGAGGAGCUGCGGAGAGUGGUCCAGGAUUGUACCUUCCCGGUGUGCACCACUGGCUGGCUGGCGGACGGCUCCCUGGGGACAACCGUAUGUAUCAAGGGGAGUGGUGAACAGCAAAUCAUGAGAGCUGUCGAUGUGAGAAUUGAGAGCAACCCAGCUCCUGGUGGUACAUACAAUGCCCUUUGUAUUAAGGAUGAAGAGAAGCCAUGUGGAGACCCGCCUUCUUUCCCACACACCAUCCUGCAGGGACGCACCGGCUUGGAGAUGGGGGAUGAGCUGCUGUACGUGUGUGCCCCGGGCCACGUCACAGGCCACCGUGAAAGUGCCUUCACCUUGCUGUGUAACAGCUGCGGUGAGUGGUACGGCCUGGUGCAGGCCUGCGGGAAAGAUGAAGCUGAGGCACAUAUUGACUAUGAAGAUAAUUUCCCUGAUGACAGAUCUGUGUCAUUCAAAGAGCUCGUGGAGGAUUCCCGGACAGAGGCAGAGGACAGGGGUCAGGGUGAGGUCUCUGAGGAGGCUCCAAAACAGGACCAUCUGGUCUCCAUUUCUGUGGGGAGAGAAAACAUAGGCCGGGAUACAGCCUUUGUGUCAACCACAGGCUUGCCCAGUGCUGGGAGCAGUGUCCCCACAGACCUGCCGGGAUGGAUACUAAACCAGAAAUACUUGUUCUGGCUUCCUGCUGCGACCUUCCACAAGCUUGAGUUGGAAAAAGAGAUGGAUGAUGACACCAAAAAGCAGUUUCCUGCUAGAGACAACCACAGUGGCAUAACAUUGGCCCCAGGUGAAGCUGAAACCAAGGCGAUCUAUAGCAGCACUGAUCCCUCUGGGCCAUAUGGGGGCAGGAAUGACAGCAAGGCAGGAGACCCAAUGGUGAGCAGCAGCGAUGAAUCCUGGUUAGAUGGCUACCCUGUGACCGAUGGGGCUUGGAGGAAGACAGAGGCAGAAGAGGCAGAAGAGGAGGAAGAUGGGGACAAGGGGGAUGGGUCAGUAGGGCUGGAAGAAUGUGUUGUAUUUACUUCCCAUCAGCCCAUUCUUGUGGAAGUUAAGCCCAGGAGUUCCACCCUCACACCACGUGAGGACAUGACCCAAAAUUCAGCUCUUCCAUCUCAAACAUUAGAUGUAGAAGCUUUGGCUCUCAGACCCAAGAGUGUGUCUGAAACUGAGGGUCCCAGCAGGGGGGAGGCUGACUUGACCAGGUACCAGUCAACUGUUCCUUGGCGAUUUGCCACAGAGAAGUCUCCCAUGGCCACCCUACCCUAUGGACUCACCAGCUCUACCCUGGAGACAGUAACAAAUGCUAUCCCGAAGAUGCCUACCCACAUUCCCUCAACUACCCAGACUCCAGUGGAAACCAUGGCUCCUAAGGUCCAGGAUAACUUCCCAUACCUGCUGUCUGAGGACUUCUUGGGACAGGAAGGCCCUGGCCCAGGUGUAACUGAGGAGCUUCUUCCAACCUUGGAGCCAUGUGUAGGGGAUGAGUGUCCUAGCCUCAGCAGAGGCCCCGUCAUUGCCACCAUUGUCACCGUCUUGUGCCUGCUGCUGCUCCUGGCGGGCGUUGGGGCAGUGUGGGGCUACCGCAGGUGCCAGCACAAGAGCUCUGUGUACAAGCUGAACGUUGGCCAGCGGCAGGCUCGGCACUACCACCAGCAGAUCGAGAUGGAGAAGGUCUAGCCAGCUUCAGAGUGGGCUCUCCUGAACUCACUUGGGAGG